AGGGGUGGAGGACCAGUGGAGGCCAGUGGAGGGAUUGGCAGAGAGGGAUGGAGGACACUGAGUGGAGGCCAGUGGAGGGAUUGGCAGAGAGGGAUGGAGGACACUGAGUGGAAGCCAAUGGAGGGAUUGGCAGAGAGGGGGAGGACACUGAGUGGAGUGGAGGCCAGUGGAGGAGUGGAUUGGCAGAGAGGGGUGGAGGACACUGAGUGGAGGCCAGUGGAGGGACUGGCAGAGAGGGAUGGAGGACACUGAGUGGAAGCCAGUGGAGGGAAUGGCAGAGAGGGGUGGAGGAGUGGAGGUCAGUGGAGGGAAUGGCAGAGAGGGGUGGAGGAGUGGAGUGGAGGUCAGUGGAGGGAUUGGCAGAGAGGGGUGUCAGAUACAGAAUGG